UUGUGAUCACAUGACUGGGUGCCCUUUGACCUCAAUAGCGUGAGCAAGCAAACAUGGCGUCAGCAAUGCAGUCGUACUUUGGAGCUUAUAACGAAUGUUUUUCUGUACUGGGUGCUCUUGCGGCAGCCUACAUUGCUUUCAAAACAUUCAGAUGGGUAUAUCAGUUCCUGACAGAGCAUUUCUUGGGACCAGCGCUUGGAUUGUCUGCAGACGUGACGAAAGCCGGGCCAUGGGCAGUGGUGACAGGCUGCACAGAUGGUAUUGGAAAGGCAUACACAGAGCAGUUGGCGAAGAAAGGCCUCAAUAUUGUACUGAUUAGCAGGACCCAGUCCAAACUGGAUGAUCUUGCCAAAGAAUUGGAGAGCAGGUAUCACAUCCAGACUCGAGUGAUUGCGGUGGACUUCACCCGGCCCGACAUCUACUCGCGGAUCGAGAGGGAGCUCCAGGGUCUGGAAAUAGGGACACUCGUGAACAAUGUUGGCAUGGCCUAUGAACUUCCAGAGUACUUCUUUGACAUACCCAACUUAGAGAAGAUGGUUAAAGAUAUGUUGAACUGCAAUAUGCUGUCAAUGGUGAUGAUGAGCAGCAUUGUGGCACCAGGCAUGGCAGAGCGUCGCCGUGGUUACGUCAUCAACAUUGCGUCAUCAGCAGCAGAGAGGCCUUUGCCACUUCUCGCAUUAUACUCUGCCACCAAGGUGUUCAUGGACUACUUCACUAAAGCACUCCAGAUUGAGUAUGGUUCUAGAGGCAUCACAUUCCAGUCUGUGAGGCCAAACUUUGUCGCCACCAAGUUGAGUGGCAUCCGUCGGUCCAACCCCUUCUGUCCCUUCCCAGACCAGUAUGUGCGUGCUGCCCUCGCCACUGUGGGCACUACCAAUUCCACAAAUGGUUACUUCAUGCAUACGUUACAGAGUGCUGUUACGAUCCUUCUGCCUGACUUUGUCAUUUUUCGCACCUUGAAAAUGGCAAGGAAGUCAGCCAUUAAACGUAAAGAGAGAAGGAAGGCCAAAGAGAACUGACAUACUUCUGUGAACUUAUUAUGAUUGUUUUUUAGGUAAAUGAAAGCACUUUGGUUUUGCUAGGAUGACUAGAAUUGUCCUUUUCACUUCUUAGAAUAAAAGUAUUUGGAGUUUUAUGUGUGGAGGACAACCACUUGUACAGCAUUCCAAAUACAAGAAUCACAGCACGUCAUUGGCAUUAUGCAGAGGAACAAGGACAAAUUAUAUAGUUUGUUUUCUGUCAAUAAAUCUUGGUGCAUUUAUCGUUAAUAACAACAUUAUUUAUUUGCAUAUCAAGGCAUUAAAGCAAAUCAGUGGCAUCAGUCAUCCAUGAAGAACAUUGGAAGUCUUCCUGACAGGUUGACAACACUGCAUCUUGUGCACCUGAAGGUAUUGACAACUAACAUUUUGUUUCCGUCUCAUUCAAAUCAGAUCUCAGUUCUCGCUACCGCUAAGCAAAGAUCCGAGGACAUCCCAUUAGGGGUCACGUCAGAAAGACCUUUCAUCCGACCAAUCAGAGCAUCACUUACCAGAUUAUGAAAGUGACUGUCGGAAUGUGAUUUGUAAUCAUGCAACCUCGAAAACUUUAACUCCAAACGAUAGUUACGGGUUUAACGACUAAAUCUAUCCAAUCUAGACCAUCGAUUAGCCAUUCCAGAAUGUUCUUUUGUUCAGGUUUCAAAUUAGUAAUCAAGAAUUUGUCAAAAUAUGUUUCGAAGUGUAGACGCCAAUUUGAAAUUAGUGCCGUAAAGCACGAGAAAGCUGCCUUC